AUGCAAAACUACAAGUACGACAAGGCGAUUGUCCCGGAGAGCAAGAACGGCGGCAGCCCGGCGCUCAACAACAACCCGAGGAAGGGCGGCAGCAAGCGGGCGCUGCUCAUUGGCCUCGACCUCUUUUGCCUCUUUAUGGCGGGCCUGCCCUUCCUGAUCAUCGAGACCAGCACCAUCAAGCCUUACCACCGAGGGUUCUAUUGCAACGAUGACAGCAUCAAGUAUCCUCUGAAAACUGGUGAGACAAUAAACGAUGCUGUGCUCUGUGCUGUGGGGAUUGUCAUCGCCAUUCUUGCGAUCAUCACAGGGGAAUUCUACCGGAUCUAUUACCUGAAGGAGAAGUCCCGGUCCACGAUUCGAAAUCCCUACGUAGCAGCCCUCUACAAGCAAGUGGGUUGCUUCCUCUUUGGCUGUGCCAUCAGCCAGUCCUUCACAGACAUUGCCAAAGUCUCCAUAGGACGUUUGCGUCCUCAUUUCUUGAGCGUCUGCAACCCUGAUUUCAGCCUCAUCAACUGUUCUGAGGGCUACAUUCAAAACUAUAAAUGCAGAGGCGAUGACAGCAGAGUCCAGGAAGCCAGGAAGUCCUUCUUCUCUGGCCACGCCUCCUUCUCCAUGUACACUAUGCUGUAUUUGGUGCUGUACCUUCAGGCCCGCUUCACUUGGCGAGGGGCUCGUCUGCUCCGGCCCCUCCUGCAGUUCACCCUGAUCAUGAUGGCCUUUUACACAGGACUGUCCCGCGUGUCUGACCACAAGCACCAUCCCAGCGACGUCCUGGCAGGAUUUGCUCAAGGAGCUCUGGUCGCCUGCUGCAUAGUUUUCUUCGUGUCUGACCUCUUCAAGACCAAGACGGCACUCUCCCUAUCUCCCCCCAUCAGGAAGGAGAUCCUCUCACCUGUGGACAUUAUCGACAGGAACAAUCACCACAACAUGGUGUAG